AUGGGCAAGAAGAAGUCUGAUUCGGCAUCCGGAGGAGCAAUUCCAGAAGGCGACUAUGAGAAAGGAAAGAAGAUCUUCAAACAACGUUGCGAGCAAUGCCACGUAGUCAACUCAUUGCAAACGAAGACAGGACCAACGUUGAAUGGAGUCAUCGGAAGACAAUCUGGGCAAGUGGCCGGAUUUGACUAUUCUGCUGCCAACAAGAAUAAAGGAGUCGUCUGGGAUCGACAGACUUUGUUCGAGUAUUUGGCUGAUCCGAAGAAGUACAUUCCAGGAACUAAGAUGGUAUUCGCCGGUCUGAAGAAAGCUGAUGAACGUGCCGACCUCAUCAAGUUCAUUGAAGUGGAAGCUGCAAAGAAACCCGCGGCAUAG